AUGCGAUAUGAUAAAUGGACGCAUGAAAAAGCGAUAUCACCAGUGCUACUGAUUAAAAUGAUUACUGUAAUGGAAGCAAUGGAUGAAAAAAAAAAGAAACCAAUCGUUGUUCACGGUACCCAUGGCAUACGAAGAACUGCUGUUUUCGUAAUCACCUCGUUGCUCAUGAAACAAAUUUCAGAGACCCAUCAUAUGUCAAUAUUGAAAGCAGCUAUAGCGGUACGUAGACGGCGUUAUGGUGUUCUGCGAUUUUUGGAGGACUAUCGUUUAAUACUACAGUCUGCUUUAUGUUACGCAAAACAGUGUGAUCUGAUUAAAAAUGAAAAAAUAUUUAUGGAUGCUAUAGAUGUAGGUGAAUUGUUACGUGUCAACCUUUGA